AUGAAAGAGAGAGCAGAUCGCUGGAGUUUCACCAUGGAACUGGGAAACAUGUGGAACAUGAAGCCUCAGCAUGAUGUCUAUGCCCUGGACAACGCUAGACAUCAGCACCAUGCCAUGGAUACCAUGUUCUCCUCAAGCCAUUUAUUGACACAACUGCUGGUCUCACAGGCGAUUCUUGAUUCAAACGAUUUCCAAGUAUUAACAUUCGACACUCUGGACAAAUUAAAAAAGGAAUUAUCGCAAAUACAAGACCAUCUCGCCAACAUUUCGAAAAACAUACAACUUGAAAGCAGGAUUGCCACUAUAUCCAAAUCACUUGAAAAUGUCAAUUUGAAAAACAGUCGAAAUUCAGUCAUCUAUCUACAGCAUCAGCGACAACACAACGAGCACAAGAUCAAGUACAUGUCAAAUCAGCUUGAAAGCAUGAGAAAAAGAGAGAUUGAAAUCAAAAAGAUCAUUUUGCAGCACACAGCGGGUAUCUUGAACAAAGGUAUUCAUAGUCUGGAAAACCAGACAUUGCACCAAAACAACCACCACACUGCUCUCAAUCAAGUCAUCAACAGGAUUGAUCAACUGUAUUCUUCAAAGAUAUCAUCAUCAUCAUCAUCAUCAUCAUCAUCAUCUAUAUCCACACCCGCAUCAUCAUUAGAUACCCUUCAAAAAUUAUCACUAUUGGAAAAACUGCUAUUGUCUGGACAAUCGACAGAAAAAGAUCCCGUUAAAGCAAAUCAGAAUAAAAUGCAAUUACUCGCCAUCAAAGUGCAGAAAGACCAGCUCAUGUCCAGAAUGAUCGACAUGGAACUAUUGACCACAAAACUGCUAUCGCACUUGUCUCUAUUUCCUCAACGUCAAAUGGCUUAUAAAAUGGAAUUGAUGCAGUAUCAAUCCGAGUCCUUGGAACUUCGUAUUUGGGACAAGAGACGGCAGAGAAAUGAAGAUGCAGACAACUUAUCACAGGCUCUGGCUAAUCAUGCUAAUGGCGGUAGCGGGCAUAAUAUGAUUGCCAUCAAACAGCGGUAUCAAAAGCAGUUGGAAGAUCAAGCCACGUCUUACGAAGCAAAUAUCUCCAAGCAAAAUGCGUUAUUACAGCGAAAUACUCAAAUGAAGCAACAUUUAGAAGCAACAUGUAAUGAUCUGGUAUCCGAGAAGUCAGAACUCGAGAGGCUUGUGCAAGAGAAAACAAGGCAAAUUGAUCAACAAGACAAUGAGAUGAGCCGAUUGAAUCACGAGUUACGGAAUUUGCGCCAUCCCCCAGCUGCUGCUGCAACACCACCACGGUCAAAAGCAGAUGAUCAAUACAUUGAACAGGAAAAGAAGCGACUUAAGCAAGUUUUUGAAGAGAGAGAGUCUCGUUGGACAUCCCACACUACCCUGAUGGAAGACAGAUUUGAUCAGCUGUUGGAUAACUUUGAUAAACUGACCAACACUGCUAUUGAAUUUGAUUCACACCGAAUGCGAUAUGACAAGAAGAUUGAAAAUUUACACCAAAACAUCAACAAGUUAGAGAUGGAGCUUUACGAUGAAAAAGUCAAGCGUAUCGGCUGCACCGAAGGUGGAGGUGGAGCUGCUGCAGCAACCACCGUUUCAUUACGAAAAGAAUUCAGAUUGUUAGUGGCAGAUAUUAAAAAGACACAUCAACAGAGAAUGGAUAGUGAGGCCGACGAAAUUAGACGUCUACAAUUACAGUUGCAGGAAUUGCAAAGCACAAAUACCAAAUCACAUAAAUACCAGCAUAGUAUGGCCACUCAGACAUGA